ACGUGCAGAUACCUAUAUUUUGAUUUCUUUUACCAAAUGUCUUUUGCUUCUUUCAUUUUCGUUUACGUGCCCCCAAAUUCUCUCUCUCAUCGCAUCGCAGCUUGACCCCGGCGGUGAUCCACAAGAUUCGGUGGUGUUUUUUCCUUCACAAACCUCGUCUUCUUCUCAUAUAUUUUCUCCAAUCGUAAUCCACAGCCAUGACUCCCGAGUAUGACUACCUAUUCAAGCUUUUGCUUAUUGGAGAUUCUGGAGUAGGAAAAUCAUGUUUGCUCCUGAGGUUUGCUGACGAUUCCUACUUGGACAGUUACAUUAGCACCAUCGGAGUUGAUUUUAAAAUCCGUACUGUGGAGCAAGAUGGCAAGACUAUUAAGCUUCAAAUAUGGGACACCGCGGGGCAAGAACGUUUUAGGACAAUCACAAGCAGCUACUACCGAGGGGCACAUGGCAUUAUAGUGGUUUAUGAUGUGACGGACCAAGAGAGCUUUAAUAACGUUAAACAGUGGCUGAGUGAAAUCGAUCGCUAUGCCAGUGAAAAUGUCAACAAGAUACUUGUUGGAAACAAAUGUGAUCUCGUUGCAAACAAAGUUGUUUCAACUGAGACAGGCAAGGCAUUUGCUGAUGAAAUUGGAAUCCCUUUCUUGGAAACAAGUGCAAAAGAUGCCACCAAUGUGGAACAGGCUUUCAUGGCCAUGACUGCUUCCAUCAAAGACAGGAUGGCAAGUCAACCGUCCUUGAACGCCUCAAAGCCGCCGACGGUCAACAUCCGUGGACAGCCCGUGUCACAGAAUAGCGGAUGCUGCUCUUAGUAAGUGGUAUUUGACGGGACGGGGUCUAAGUGGGCAAUGUACAAGUAUUCUUGUGUUAGGGUUGAAUUCUUUUUUACUUUACUUUGUUGGGAUUGUAUAAAAAGUCUAAAAAAUUCUUUAGUUGUCAAUGGUUUCUAGUACCUACUUUGUUCUGUCAACUAAAACACGAAUGAAUUCGUUCUCACCGGUUAAUGUGUUUGAUCAAAGAUUCAUGAUUUAAGGUUUUUUAUUUGUGAAA